AUGACGACAUCGUUGGCCAAUGACGAAUUAGUAUUUGGCGUAACGCAUUUCCGUUGCAUUUUUGCUAAGUUACACACUAGUCGCGCCUCAAGACUUUUACUUAAAAUUCUGGCAGGCAUGUCACGCAGUGUGACGGUUGCAGUAGCUUACAUUAUGAGCGUCACGAAUCUCUCAUGGAAAGAAGCCUUAAAAGUGGUACGAGCCGGAAGAGCUGUCGCGAAUCCAAAUCAAGGAUUCCAGAAACAACUGCAAGACUUUGAACAGAAAAUGCUUGCAGAGGAACGCCGCAGGCUUAAAGAGCGUUACCCCAGUUUGGCGUUGGAGGCAUCCGACCGCGAUAACUGUGCGAUUAUGCUGGACUCCUACCAAAGUUUACUUUCCGCAAGGCAUAUCUGUGAAGGGCAGUGUCCCAUGGGUCAACCCUGCCCCACAGGGGUAUGUCGUACCGGUACCGGCAAACGUCUGUUCCGUCGUCGAUCUUCGUCCGCCCGUCCCGGGCCACCAGCAACCACGUCCCGUUUACCAGCUUCAACUUCCAGAUCUGCCGGCAACUCGCCAGCGACGUCCUCUAGACAAACACACACUUCUAGUAGUCUCACUACUAUUUCUCAACAAAAGCAACUGAUACAGCAACAGCUGAUGCAGCAGCAGCAGCAGCAACCAUCUACUAGCAAUACGAGUACCAGAUUGCUGCCAAAGACACCGCCGUGUUCCUCGGAGCCGUCCAGUCCACGAAGACAAGCCACUGGAAUAACUCGGUCUGCAAGUACGAUGAGCAAUCAGAGAGUUCGAUCAAAUCCUUCAGGAUUAUACUCGUAUACAGGAACCGGUUCGUCAGCACCUCCAUCGCGCUCUGGUUCCCGCCUGGACGUAUCUUAUACCGAAGGCGGUGGUGGCGGCGGAGGUUCUGCAAUCGUAGUUGGUGGUACCCAAUGGGCUAGACAUAGAGCCGGGUCUGCACCGAGUACUCCUCUUCCAAGCCCACCUUGUUCACCUCAACACUGGCCUAGAAGGAAUGCAUCAUUGGCAAAGCGCAGUAGCGCCGCCACAUAGGGGCGCGUCCAGGGUGCUCUUCAGCCCCACCAGCACGCAUCAGGCGGGCGCAAGAUUUAUCCAGCGCCUGCCUCACCGCACGGUUCGCACACUGUCAACGCACGCACCACCGAUAUAUAUCAACAGCUUGGUCUUUUUUGCAAAUGGCACUUUGGAGCUUCACGUAAGUGAAUGGGUAAUGUAAUUUAUGAAAGGGACGAAAAUUAA